CUUUUGUUCUUCCGGCGUUGUCGGUUUCGUGUGUAGCUUUUGUGUGGAGAUUUCCGUCGUCGAUGCUUUCGCGGCUUAGUUUAAAGUCCGCCGUCCUCACCACACAACACUUGCCUGUGCCCCCUUCAACUAUCGACGAGAAGGUUCCACCGUGUCCGCGUACUCCUGGACAUAUCGAUUUCAGGUUGAAUCUACAUGGUACAUGGUCAAUCAUGAAACAAGUCGAUUUCCUACUGGCGACAACCUCAGUAUAAACUAUCGAAUGCGUUUCCAGACGUUCUCUGCUAAGGUCCACAUCCCACUGAAUUGAAAUCAUCCAGUUUUCUUUCUCCCCCUCAAAAGAUCCGAAAAGAAUAAUCAAAGAAUCGACAACAGCGUUGACAUUCCCCUUCAUGAACCUGGCCCUUGAUCUACCUUGUCAGCACCAUCACCGCUCUACUAUGACACAGAUUCUUACAGGCAAUCGGACGACGGCCGCGUGGAAGACGACUAUGAACUUUCCGGCCUCAGGAAAAGAGAGCAUUCUAUAUGUCAUGGAUUGACCAUACAUGGUCCAGGUGCAUUGUGGAUCUUGCGCUCUCUAACAGAAGACAGUGAGCAGACCGGUCAAUGAUGAGGAACCAACCUGAACCACGCAGGGCAAGCUGGAAGGAUCGUACUAUGUUUUCCUCAGUUCUUUCUAGAAGGAACAGCUCGUGGUGCAGAAAUACCAACGCCAAACCAUUUUUUUCGAAAAUGUUCAAAGCUCUUUCGGUUUUGUCCUUGGUGGUUGCUGGAGUUGUUAAUGCUGGGCUCGUCCCACGGCCCUUGGCCUACAGCGUAGCACCCAUAGCGGACAUCGCUAGCAUUCAGAGUUCCAAUGCCGAUUCUAGGAUGUUCUAUCAGAAAUCGGAUGGUUCCAUUUGGCAAAUCUGUGUUUCUGGCCACUGGGUGAACGGACGCACCACUUGCGACAGUCAGAUCGUUCCCAGGACAGAGGCACUUCUCAACACUCCUCUCACUGCAGUCGCUUCACCCGAUUUGACUGAAUGGCACUUGUUCUUCCUCUCCCCAACCAAUACCCUUAGUGAAUAUAUCUUUCAACAAUCUGCCAUCUCGACAACGAACCCCAGCGGUAUUCGUGGUGGUACCAGCUGCACCGACUGCAUCACCCCCGAGCAAUUUGUAGUUCUCAGUACUCGUAACAGGGCCUUGUCGGCUAUGUACCAAAUCGACAAUGAUGAACCCAAGCUCAGGGUUUGGUUUGUCAGCGCCGGACAACCCAAUACGGUGAUGGAGGCAGGGAAACAGGGAAAUCAGGUCUGGCAGCUUAUCGGAAUGCCCAACGCAGUGCUGACCUGAUACGCAAACUUAUAUCUUCAUAACUGUAAUCAGCGCUGGACAAACGUUUCCUUACCUGAUCUUGGAGUGCAUUGAACACUGAGAGUAGUUGGGCCACGACUUAAUGUACUUCGUUUGUGUUUGUGGGCGCCUGAUCGAGGUUGAUAUGUCUUUCCGGCUUGGAAAGUGAUGUACAACUUGCUGGUCAUUGCGGCACCUUCACGGUGGAAUUGUCAUCCUCUGCCUUUGGCAUCUGCCAGCUCAUUUCCCUCAAUUCCAACAUGUUGAUCCGUUCAAGAUCGUUGGGGUUCGUAGGCGGCAGCCGUCACCAAGGCUUUGUGGCGAUAGAGAUAGCUUGAGUAGUGUGAUUAUAAGUAAAAAGUAAAAGGGACUGUGGACUUCACACGGCGGUUGAAUAACUAUGCACCAGUCAGUAGUUUUACUGCAAGAUAUGCAUUGGGUUACAUAUAUAAACUCUUUGAACCUGC